UGCAUUGAAGGUGUUUUUGUUUCGAUGCAGGCCUUUGAUAUUCACUCAAAAUAAACAAUAUAGAGCGUAAACAAUGUCUUUCCUGCGUGGUUCGGUCAGCUAUGUGUGGUGCACCACCAGUGUGCUGGGCAAAGGAGCCACCGGAUCCGUUUUCCAGGGGGUUAACAAGAUAACCGGCGAAUCGGUGGCCGUUAAGACCUUCAACCCAUACAGUCACAUGCGCCCGGCUGAUGUCCAGAUGCGAGAAUUCGAGGCCUUGAAGAAGGUAAACCAUGAGAACAUAGUGAAACUCCUGGCCAUUGAGGAGGACCAGGAAGGACGUGGCAAGGUGAUUGUUAUGGAGCUCUGCACUGGGGGAAGUCUCUUUAACAUUCUCGACGACCCGGAGAACUCGUAUGGUUUGCCAGAGCACGAGUUCUUGCUUGUUUUGGAGCACCUCUGUGCAGGAAUGAAGCAUUUGAGGGACAACAAACUGGUGCAUCGGGAUCUGAAGCCAGGAAAUAUCAUGAAAUUCAUCUCAGAAGACGGGCAGACCAUCUACAAGCUCACAGACUUCGGAGCUGCCCGUGAACUGGAGGAUAAUCAGCCAUUUGCCUCGCUCUACGGAACCGAGGAGUAUCUGCAUCCUGAUCUCUAUGAGAGGGCGGUGCUGAGAAAGUCCAUUCAGCGUUCAUUUACAGCAAAUGUGGAUCUUUGGUCGAUUGGCGUGACCCUGUACCAUGUGGCCACCGGAAACCUGCCCUUCAGACCCUUUGGUGGCAGAAAGAAUCGCGAAACCAUGCAUCAGAUCACAACCAAGAAAGCUUCUGGAGUAAUAUCUGGAACGCAGUUAUCGGAGAACGGACCUAUUGAAUGGUCCACAACUCUGCCGCCACAUGCACAUCUCUCGCAGGGACUAAAGACUCUGGUGACUCCCCUUUUGGCCGGCCUGCUGGAGGAGAAUAGGGAGAAGACCUGGUCGUUUGAUCGAUUCUUCCAAGAAGUAACUCUCAUUCUUCGCAAGCGAGUGAUCCACGUCUUCUACAUGAACCGGACGAGUUCUGUGGAGGUUUUUCUGGAGCCAGACGAGCAGAUUGACAACUUCAGGGAGCGAAUAUUCCUGCAGACGGAGGUUCCACUGGAGAAGCAGAUAUUGCUUUUCAACAAUGAGCAUUUGGAGAAAAAGGUUACGCCCAGGACUAUAGCUAAAGCCUUCCCUGCUACCACCACGGAGCAGCCCAUAUUCCUUUACAGCAACGAUGACAACAAUGUGCAGCUGCCCCAGCAACUAGACCUGCCCAAGUUCCCCAUUUUCCCUCCCAAUGUUUCGGUGGAGAACGAUGCCAGCCUCGCCAAAGCAGCCUGCAGUGUGGGUCACGAGUGCAAGAGGCGGGUGGAUAUCUUUACUUCCAUGGACAUCCUAAUCAAAAAGGGCGUAGAGCAGUUCAUAGAGAUGCUUAUUACAACAAUUACUUUAUUGUUAAAAAAAACUGAGGGCUUUGAUAAUCUGCUUUCCACAGUAAUAGAUUAUGCAGAUGUGGUUCAGAGCAUGGCCAGGGUGACAAAGGGAGACCAAGAGCUCAAGGCCCUGCUGAAUACCCUGGACAAUGCCAAGGGCGAUUUUGAUGGCGCUGCCGAUGUAAUCUCUCAGUUGCACAAACAUUUCGUUAUUGACGAUGAACUCAACGACCAAUGGACAUCAUCCAUGCAUGGGAAAAAGUGUCCCUGCCGGACACGGGCCAGUGCCCAAGCCAAGUAUCUGGUAGAACGUCUACGUGACUCCUGGCAGCAUUUGCUUCGUGAUCGCGCCACCCGUACCCUCACCUACAACGACGAACAGUUCCAUGCACUGGAGAAGAUCAAAGUAGAUCACAAUGGCAAGCGCAUCAAAGCAUUGCUUUUGGAUAAUGUUAACCCUGCGGUGGCCCAAAUAGCCGAGUGCCUGGCAGACUGGUACAAGUUGGCCCAGACUGUGUAUCUGAAAACCCAGAUCCUGGAGAAGGAUGUACGCGACUGCGAGCGAAAGCUCAAUGGCAUACGCGAUGAACUGUAUCACAUCAAGUCGGAACUCAAGCUCGAUGUGGAUACCAAGACCAUAAAUAACAACAACCAGCUGGCCAAGAUAGAGGAGAGGAAUCGGCUGCGAGUGAUGCAGCAGCAGCAGCAGGAGGUUAUGGCUGUUAUGAGGACCAACAGCGAGUUGAUCAGCUUGCUUGGCAAGCUGGGGAUCGGAAAUGGAGGCCUUGAAAGUAGUUAA